AUGGAUGAUGAAGUGCGACUUGAAGGUGAAGAGGAGAUGGAUCUGGAUGAAGCUUCAGAUGGUGAAGACGAAGAUGAAGAAACAACAGGCAUUCCUAUAUCUCCAGCUAACUCGGAUCAAUUGCUUGGACAAACAACUCCAUCCACUGGCAUUACAUCGGAUGAGGCUUUUCAUGAUUCGCUGCGGUAUCCAAAGUUUUCACUACCUGGUGGUAAACCUUUAAACAUUCGCCGUGGACCUGGUAGACCUCGGAAGGAACGACCUUUUGGUCUAACUCGUGGAGGAGGAACAAGGAGAUCUUUUGGAAGGGGUAGCACCAGAGGCAAAGGAUUUGGAUACACAAGAGGUAUACCACGUCGUACCAAAAGUAAAGAUGAUGACACACACUCGGAAUCGCCAAGUCCUUUGCGCAUCACUGGGAUGGAUGAUAGUGGUCCUGAUGGUAGUAGUGAAUUAAUGGGAAACUCGAUCGAGAGAUCGAUGCCAGCGCCUGAAGAACCCCCUUAUUUUCCUGAACAAUGGCCGGGCAAAGUAUGUGCGUUAUGCAAUUUAGGUGAGAGAAGUCAGUUGGGACAAGGUGAACUUUUGCGUCUGACAUGUCCACUGGGUUUCACUCCUGAGAAAUCGACAAAUCGCGAUGAAAUAUCUACUGACCAUCUUGUCAACGUCGCUGUCGCAGGAGAUAAAAGUCCGCGUGCUACUGGACCUGGAAUUGCUGUUACCUGUCGUAGACAAAAAAGUCUAGCCAAAUGCAGGAAUACUAGUCUAACUAAUUUCACGGAACCGGUGGAAGAAUUGACAAUCGUAGGUUAUUUGGAGGAACCAGAAGUCGGGACUCUGUUUGAUUCUUCAACUGGCUAUUACUAUGUUCAUCAAUCAUGUAUUAUCUGGUCUAGCAACAAUCAAGUUUUACUAUCAGAAUUGGCAUGUCGUGCUGUUCUACAAGCUUCCUCUAGACGUUGCGCCUAUUGCUCGCAUUAUGGUGCUGGAAUUCCUUGCAAAGUGACCUCGUGCAAUCGUUAUUUUCAUUUUCCGUGUGCCGCGGCUAGCAGAUGCUUUCAAGAUAGUAAGAACUUGGCCCUUUUCUGCAGUCAGCAUCUUGGUCAAGUUCCACUUUUAUUAUGUGGAGAAGUCACUUGCGUUCAAUGUUAUGGAAUGGGCGACGUCUCGAACCUAGUGAUGUGCUCCGUUUGCGGCCAACACUAUCAUGGCAGUUGUGUGGGCUUAGCAUUACUACCUGGGGUGCGUGCUGGAUGGCAGUGCGUGUCAUGCCGUGUAUGUCAAGUCUGUCGGCAACCCGAAGAUGUUUCAAAGGUAAUGUUAUGUGAACGAUGUGACAAAGCUUAUCAUCCCGGUUGUUUGCGACCAAUUGUUACUUCUAUUCCAAAAUACGGUUGGAAGUGCAAAUGUUGUCGCGUGUGUACUGAUUGUGGUUCACGUACUCCUGGAGCUGGGCUAUCUUCCAGAUGGCAUUCUCAUUAUACUGUCUGUGAUUCAUGCUAUCAGCAACGUAACAAGGGCUUCUCUUGUCCGCUUUGUAGAAAGGCAUAUAGAGCUGCGGCAUAUCGCGAAAUGGUUCAAUGCCAUGGUUGCAAGAAGUUUGUACAUGGUACAUGUGAUCCUGAAGCCGAUCCGCUUACUUAUCAGCAGCGCAAAGAGGCAAAGCCGGAUUAUGAAUACAUUUGUCUGCAUUGUAAAAGCAUCGCCAUGGUAGCCAGACGAAAGGACAGUAUUGAUGAAGGCGAAUUAAGUCUAAGUGCUUCGCAAGAGAGUCUCGACGGUGAAUCUUCUGAGUUAGAUUAUCCAAGUGGUUGUUCCGAAGAAGCGCUUUAUUCGGUCGGAUUAGGGAAAGGGAAACCGUUUUGUGCCACAAAGAUCGCAAAGAAAAGAUUAGGAAUUAGUGGCGGAGUUAUCGGUAGGCCCAAAGGUAUUGGAAAAUUGGGUUAUCAAAAGAGACAAAAGAUGACAGAGUUUGGAAGAAAGAGAGGACCCAAAGGAAAAAUGAGAGGAUUUUAUGGAAUGCCAGAAGUAGGCUUGCAGAGUCCAAAUCCAGAUUCAUCCCAAUCAAAAGAAGAAGAACAGCUUGGGUGUGAGAACAGAUUGAUCUUGUGUUCGGCCAAAGAUAAAUUUGUUCUCACACAGGAUAUUUGUGUAAUGUGCGGCUCGAUUGGUAUGGAUCAGGAAGGUUGUUUGAUUGCAUGUGUACAAUGCGGUCAGUGUUAUCAUCCAUAUUGCGCUGGCGUUAAGAUCACUAAGGUUAUUUUGCAAAAGGGCUGGCGUUGUCUGGAUUGUACUGUUUGUGAAGGCUGUGGUGAACGAAAUGAUGAAGCUCGUUUGAUUCUUUGCGAUGACUGCGAUAUCAGCUACCACAUUUAUUGUAUGGAUCCGCCUUUAGAUUAUGUGCCGCACGGCACAUGGAAGUGCAAAUGGUGUGCGCAAUGUCAGACUUGUGGUUCUAAUGAUCCCGGUUUUAAUUCAUCCUGGCAAAAAAGUUACACUCAAUGCGGACCUUGUGCUUCUCACACUGCUUGUGUAGCUUGCCAAGAAGCUUAUCAGGAAGGUGAUCUUAUUAUUCAAUGUGUACAAUGCGAAAGAUGGCUUCACUGCGGUUGUGAUUCGAUUAAAAGCGAAAUUGAUGCCGAACGCUGUGCCGAGGAGGGUUACGUUUGUCUUCUGUGUCGUCCUAGAGAUGUUCCUCCUCCUCAUCUUCUCUCUAAACCUUCCUCAAAAUUUGCUCGGUCAUCUUCUCCACCUCAAAAUCGAAAUACAGAAUUGUUUAAAACUUCUUCGCAACAAUAUUUAAUAGAAGGAGUAUAUCUUUCUGAAGUAGGGAUGAAUCAUAUCAAAUCUUUAACCGCAGAACAUCAGCAAACAAGAAAAAAGAAAAGAAAACAACCGCAAAUGGUGGAUAAAGAAGCAGAUAUAAUGGCGACAAUUGAAUCUGUCGUGGCUGGAGGAAGUUUGGAUAAUUCUUUAGAGGAAAAUAAUAAAUUGGAAUUGAUGGAUGUCAAAGAUGAACCAGAAACAGUUUUGAAAGAAGGUAUGGUAUGGAACCAACCUGCUCCAGAAGGCUUCAGCAUUUGCACUUCAGAAAAUGGACUUCCUGUUUUACGAAGAAAACGUCAAAGAAAUCUGCAAAAAUUAGGAAUUGGAGGAUUUAGUGUAAGAUUGAGAACCAGGAAAGAUAAAGAAGAAGAAGGAGAUGCUGAAAAACCCGGAGAAUCUUCAAUCGUAGGAAUGGGAGACGAUAAACCUCGAAGGAAACCUCAGAGAAGAAAGCCGAAACCGAAAUUAGCGGAAUAUUUUCCUAGUUACAUGCAAGAAGCGUUUUUUGGCAAGAAUUUAAUGGAUACAACGAAAGAAAAAGAUCUUGAAAGCAGCAGCGAAUCUGAGGAAGAACACAAAGUCCCUGAAAAUGCCAAUACAAUUCAAUUAUCUCAAGAUGAAUUGAAAGUAAUGGAACAAGUUAAAGCGAAACAAGAAAAAGAAGAUAUAAAAAUUGCUCCUGAACAAAUUAAAAGAGAAGAAAUUGUGGAAGAUGAUGGAAGUGAUACUGAAGCACUUGGAGAUAUUUUACCAAUUUCUGGAGAUUUAUUGGAUAACGAUCUAGUGAAUACAAUAAUGAAUGAAAACGAUGAGGACUUAGCUAAAGCGAGUGAAGCACUGGAUGAGUUGGAUGAUGCUCAAAGUGGAAGUAAAGAUGAACUGACGGAUAUCCUAAGUCCACAUUUUAAUUUGGAGUCGAUGGUCAGAGACACUGGAUUACCUAAUAUGGACAGUAAAGAUAUUGAGGAAAUAUUUAAAGGCGUUCUAACCGAUGAAUCUCAAGAGUCUCAAGAAUCAUCGGUGUUUUCUGUCCAAGCUCAGACUUCGCAUCCCUCAUCAUCUACUACUCCCCUAGUAUCACCCUCUCCCCAUUCUGGUAUUCAAACAACAAUAUUAGCGAGACCUCAAGUACCUGGUGCUCUACCUUCGGUUGGCCAAUCAAACUUAAAUUCUCCAAUGAGUUUUCCACCACCUUCACCAUACCACUCUGAAUAUAGCAAUAGUCCACAGUUUAGUCCGGCAUUUUCGGAGCCUCCUAGUCCAUGGGUGAAUCCCGAAGACGAAGGAAAUGCUCCAACAGGCAAUGCUACCAUUUCAUACAACCAAAGAAGCAAUCUAAAGAUGGAAGCUGAUGAAGCAUUGGGCACUGCAGCGACAAUAUCCUCGGUUCUCUAUGCUAAUAUAAAUCAUCCUGAAUGGAAAACUGAUUUUCCAGUAUGGGCCGAGAGAUGUAAACAAAUUCUGAAGAAAUGGCGAGCACUUCCAAAUGAUAAGAAAGCCCCAUAUUUGACUCAGGCUCGAGACAAUCGUGCUGCAGUUCGCAUGAAAAAAACACAGCAGCUCUCCAAGGAGACACCACCACCAAGCACCACCAACACUAUCAUCACUACCAAUAUAACCACCACCAAUACCACCACCAUCAAUAUGAAUACCACUACUACUACCACCACCGCCAUGACUACCAUCAUCACCAAACCCGCCGCUAUGACGGCUCAGCAACAGCAAGGAGUGAAUUUGAGGCCCAUGGAGAAGCAAUCAGGAAUGUUGAUGACCAGUGGAAUGACAUCAACCAGCAACAAUCAGCAUCAGGAGGUGUGUGGGGUGCAGGGAACCCCGCCCAGCCCUUCCCUCUCCCCUGAAGCUCCUAGAAACCAACAAUCAUCCGUCUUGCAAUCUUGCACAACACCGGCUUCUUCGUCCUCUUUGUCUUCUUCUGCGUCUUCUUCCUCUUCUUUUUCUCAUUGCAACAAUUCGGGUGAAGGGCAGCAACCCCUCCAGCAACGUCCCCCGAUUGUCGUUAACAGCGGCAGCGGAAAUAGUAGCAUAGAUCAGCAUCAGAUCCGAGUGCUCACUCCGUCCGAGAUCAUGCGCACCCUUCCGUCCCUCAGCCAGGAGCACUACGACCCCCCACCUCCGCCACCACCACCCACUGCAAUUGUUCACACUGUGCCUCCCGUACAGAACCAUCACCACCACCACCACCAUCACCACCACCACCCGAAUAACAUUAUGGAACAGGAUAGACUAUCAAACAGAGAUCGAUCUACUAGAGAAGCUGAGCAGGAAAGACAGUGGAAACAAUUGCAAGCAUUACGUCAACACCAAGCACAAAUGCAGCAGCAGGUCAUUCAUGAACAACGUGUACAUGCAAUUGCCAGAGUACACAGACAAAUCAGUGAGGAAAAUGCACCUCCGCUAAGUAGUGAUACUACGCCUGCAUUAACGACACAAUUACAAGUUUCCACAGCGCAAGAUACGAGUCAAUUAACUUCCCUCGCCUCUCCUUCCCGCAGUACUUUUGCUACGCCCUCACUCAAAGCUCCUCGCAGUCUCACACCUCAAUCACCCCAUCAUCAAACUAUGGUCCGUCUACCUGCGCAAGCACCUUGUCGAGUAAUACGUCCAGGCUUUCCUCAACCACCAUCUCCCUUCUCACCACAAGCUCCCCAGUCACCACAUGAUUUUCCACAGUCCCCUGUCUCUUCUCAACCUUCUCAGGAAUCACAUUUCCAACGCUUCGAAGGCAAUGUUUCAACUCCUGCAUCCCCCUAUUCGUCACCACAGACGCCAGGUACACCCCGCACUCCUGUGUUUAAUCCUCCGCGACCUCCCGUAUAUGCGCCUCCUCCUCCUCCUCCACCUCCUCCUCCACCACCACCACCUGCAACAUCGCGAACUCCUGAUCCUUACAGCCAACCACCUGUAACUCCCACAUCCACUUCUGCUACACCUGGCUAUCCAUCACCUAGGAGUUCCGAAACUCCUCGAACAUCUCAGGAACAAGAAGUGGCUUUUGGGCAACAACCGGAAGUCAAUAGGCAAUUGAGGGACUUACUGCAAAGACAACAAUUUAGUAAGAAAAUUGAAGGAAUAGGUGCCAAUUGGGUUCAAGAUGGACAGAAUAAUACGGAGAACAAUCAGCAACAGUUUGAAGCCAGUCAUGUGCAGCUUCAGCAACAUUCUCAAGUACAAAACAAUUCUAGUGAAGGCACUUUUAGGCAUCCACUUCCGCCAGGCAUUGUUAGACCCAGAAUGCCUAUUCAACCGAACGUUUUAAUAAGAAAUUCCAUUGGAAUAAACUCGCGACAUCCUACAGCAGGAAAUAUUCAGAAUCCGAUUGAUCAUCGUACUAGGACAUUACUGCAGAAUAGACCUCCUGUAGCUACUAAUGUACCUGCUCAACAACAUUUCCAAGCAACUCAAAAUCUCCAAAUACGAAUGCCAGUAACGAGAAAUGCCAUUUCCGAAUCUUAUGAUAUUUUGCAACAACAGAGAUUUACAGAUGUAAAUCAGACGCAGAACCAACGCGUCGCGCGGCCAACACAGGACAAUUUAAAUCAAGGUAUUCGUAUGUUGAAUACAACUCCAGGGAUGGUCCGAGCACCACUCGUUCCCACGACGAUGAGUGAGACCGUGGGAAUGGUUACUUCAGAAGCAUCUGAAAUCCCUGACAAUGUGACAGCUGAAUUGGAAAAGCUGGAGCAAGAAGGAGCAGGUCCAAUGGUCGAAGUCGAAGGAGUUAGUGCAAUAUUGGGAGAUCUGGCAGAUGAUGAUGAUGAACUGCUUGCUGAAAUGGGGGCGGACUUCAACAUUCUGGAAUAUGCGGACCCUGAACUGGACACGAUCGUAGGUGGGGAGAAGACUAAUAUUCUUGAUAUGGAUAUCGAGCAAGUUGAAGUUGAUCCUAAAGAUGAUAAGCAAAAAAAAGAAACUAGGGACGAAGAUCAGAAACCAGAAUUGACUGGUUCAGCUUCUGAUAUUACUGAUUCGUGUUCGACUAGCACGAGUUUAACUUUGACAGAAAAUUCCAACGUACCGACAAUAACAUCGCCGCAGACGACAUCGCAAGCAAUGCAAGCGCAAGUAGUGCAGCAGCAGAUGCAUCAACAAGUGCAACAAGCGGCAGCGAUGGGCCGGCCGAUACUUCCUGGUACAAGGUUGCUUUCACCAGAUGGAGCAGUCGGAGUGGUGACUUCCACAAAUACGGUAACUGUGAGCUAUCCACCGAAUUUUCCUGGACAUUCGCAGAGACUUUCGCAGGCACAUAUACAAGUUUCGCAACAGCAACGGUUAGGCAUGCGAGUAGCCGCAGGAGUAUCAAAUAUGGCUGGCAGGGUGGUUGCUGUAAAUCAUAUGAUUGGUCCACGAAUGCCGUUGGCUCCGCCACCACCACCACCGCCACCACCACCCCCUUAUCCAGGACCUCCACCACCAUAUCCUGGACCGAUACAGGGCAUGGUGCCUGUGAUAAGACCACCUUGUACAGCGCGAUCACCUUCCGCACCUAAUACUAACUGGCAGCAAAGUAGUAUAUCAACCGAUGGAGCAGCAAAGCUCACAGUGGCGCAAGUUGGAUCGAGACAGCCAAUUGCCACACAGACUCCGCCUGAACAUCUUAAAAAGUUGAAAAGAAGACAGUAUCAACAAAAGAGAAAACAGAGCCAGGGAAAGGAUGCCAUAACUGCACCUCAGAAAAAACGUUCCCGUAAAGUCUCACGUCUCGAUGAGGAUUAUGACACAUUUGUGGACAAUUUAAUGACCCAGUUGCGACAACUUCAAUCGAUGGCAGUUCUAGAACCCCAGUUGAGUCGUAAUUAUGGGGUGUGUCCGAUUUUUGGCUGUGGAGAUCUUGUUAAGAUUGGAAGUCAGAAAGAUUAUAACUCUAGAAUUGGCGAUUUGAUUGGGAAUUAUGGAUCAGCCAGUUUGUCUGGAAUUUCUGAUCAUUAUAAUACACAGCCAUUUGGAGAAUUAGACCCUCUGCCACCUCAACAACCCUCGACUACGCAGAGAGGAUUUUAUGAUCAAGAAUUUCCACCUUUAAAAUUGGACGAUACUGAUGAUAAAAAAGAGAACAUGACGACGAAUCGCGAUGUGGACUCUCCUGAUACCAUUGUAAAUUCGUCCUCACCUGAAUGUGUCAUACCAGAAUUUAUGCACCGUUUCCCUGGACUGCGAUUGAUUGAGGAAGAAUCGGAUGAAGAAGCAGAAUGGCUAAAACGUGUGUCGCCCGUUAUACCUCUGAUUUCACCAAUUCCAAUCAGACUAAAGCCUACUUACUUAAAAGAUGCAGCUAAACAAGACAAGGAGAAUUUUGGAAUGCCCAAGCUUGGCAAGUCCCCUCCAAUUCCUUUACGAGAAAGUGGAAAUGUUACUGUAACUUUAACUUUGAAUAGUCAAGCUGCCGAUGAUAUAAUGGGUGUACUUAAAGAUCUUGCUAAUAUUCUGAACAUAACACCACCUGCUGGUUAUCAAAUAGUUGAACGCACCACUACUCCUCCUAGUCAGAAAUUGGGGUUGUACAGGACAAAAGGGAAGGACGGCAAAGAGGGUACUCCAAUUGAUAUACAAAGCAUUCUAAAUGGUGCAGCAAAGUUCUGUCGUCAUUGUGAUGUUGUAAUUCUCAAUAGUUUAAUUCGAAAAAAAGUAUCGGAUCUGCCAUUCUUGAGCAAAGAAGAAGCUGAACCGGGUGAUGAACUUUGCUUUUGUUCAGCGGCUUGCUAUAUGCAAUUUGCACUCAUGCAUCGAACGCCUUCUAAUACUCAAGAUAAGGCUGCAACGAUAGUAGAUCAUCUAUGUCAUAAAACAGAAGCAAAAAUGUUAGAAGAUGAUUUGAAAAGCCUGAAGAAAUUUCCCAUUAAACAACAACAGCAGCAUUUGGAAAAGUUUGAGAAUAUGGAGAUUACUAAUGAAUUAACAACAGAAAUUAAAGUAAAAAUCGAGAAAUUGGAUAAUGUCGAUAGUACGGACAAUGAUGAAAAGAGGUCAAAGAAACAUUCAAUUAAUGAAGAAAUCAGUGAUUCUAUUGAACCCCAACCACCUGCGAAAAUCUGGAAAGGUUUGAGAUAUAAAACAUGGACGAUGGGAGGCAUGCAACCUGCAACUAAAUUUAAGAAACCUACUGAUAGAGAAAUUACCGAGAUGCUGUUUCGUAUGGGAAUUGCAGUAGCUCCCGCAAAAGCCGAAGACACCCGUCGUUGCGUAUUUUGCAAAAGUCAGGGCGAUGCAACAGCCGAUGGGCCAGCUCGAUUGCUCAAUUUUGAUGUUGAUAAAUGGGUACAUCUCAAUUGUGCAUUAUGGUCUAACAUAGUGUAUGAGGCACAGAGUGGCGCACUUAUGCGAUUGGAUGAGGUCCUGCAGAAUAAUCUUGUACAGAUUUGUAUCAUUUGCGAAAAAUCCGCUGGCACUGUUAAGUGCUACAAACCAAGAUGCACAAAUUGGUACCACCUGAUAUGUGCCCGUAAAGACGGCUGUUGUUUUUAUAAAGACAAGACUAUGGCUUGUCCUCAACACCUUAUAAAAGAUAAAGACAAAGAAUUAACUACCCUUUCUGUUUACCGUCGCGUCUACGUCCAACGUGAUGAAAAUCGUCAAGUUGCUGCGGUAAUGCACCAUUCUGACAAUAAACAUUUACUUCGUGUGGGUUCCCUUAUCUUUCUCAGCGUUGGUCAACUACUUCCUCAUCAAUUACAAAACUUCCAUACGCCCAACUAUAUUUAUCCGGUGGGCUAUAAAAUCGUGCGUUUUUAUUGGAGUAUGCGAAGACCUAACAAACGUUGUCGCUAUGUUUGCUCGAUCCAUGAUGUUUCUGGUCGUCCGGAAUUUCGUGUCCUAGUCCAAGAACCUCUUCAAGAGGAUGUUGAACUAAGAGAUGCUACUCCGCGAGCAGUUUGGAGUCGAAUUUUAGAGCCAUUAGCAGAAUUGAGGAGGAGUACAAACUCAGUACAAUUAUUCCCGAGAUACGUUUCGGGAGAAGAUCUGUUUGGUUUGACAGAGCCAGCAGUAGUGCGAGUACUGGAAAGCUUGCCUGGAAUUGAGACUUUAACCGAUUACAGAUUUAAAUAUGGUCGUAACCCGCUAUUGGAAUUGCCUUUAGCCAUCAAUCCAACAGGAAGUGCACGUACGGAGGCACGUUUACGCAACCAGCUACCGUGGAAACGACCGCACACGCAACGCACAGGGGGCUUUGCUUCACGUGGAAUGCCAUUUGGUUUGCCAACCUGUGGUCCUGCAGCAACAAUGGGAGGUGGAGUCUCUUCGACAUUAGUUGCAGCAGCUGCUGCUGCCGGCGAAGCCGCUUCCUGUCCAUACUCGAAACAAUUCGUACAUUCCAAAAGCUCACAAUACAAAAAGAUGAAACAAGAAUGGCGUAAUAAUGUUUAUUUAGCAAGAUCAAAGAUUCAAGGUCUAGGACUAUACGCAGCGAGAGAUCUGGAAAAACACACAAUGGUGAUCGAAUACAUUGGAGAGAUCAUUAGAUCAGAGUUAGCGGAAACAAGAGAGAAACAAUAUGAAGCUAGAAAUCGUGGUAUAUAUAUGUUCCGAUUGGAUGAGGAACGAGUAAUAGAUGCGACUUUAUGUGGUGGUCUUGCUCGUUACAUCAACCAUUCUUGCAACCCGAACUGUGUCGCUGAGAUCGUUGAAGUUGAACGUGAUUUCAGGAUUAUAAUUUUUGCCAAGCGCCGAAUCUCACGUGGCGAAGAAUUGGCAUAUGACUACAAAUUCGACAUUGAAGACGACCAGCACAAAAUUGCAUGCGCUUGCGGUGCACCCAAUUGUCGUAAGUGGAUGAAUUAAACAAAGAUGACGAUAUAGAGAAGAAACAGGAAAAAUGAGAAAAUAAAGAAGAAAACUCAAUUUCUCCAUCCUGCCUAUUGUUAUUAUUGUUGCUAUGUUAUAUAAGGUAGGAAAUUGUAUAGAAAUAAUUUCCUGUGUAGAGGGAAAAC